GCUGUCUAGAGAGAGAAGACAAACUCCAGUAUCUUUAAGUCCAUUGGCCAGACGAGCCAUUCGGUAGGUGGGUUCUAUUCUCCGACCGAAGUGCUGGAUCCCACGGAACUGGAGGGGAAAGUGCCUAAAAGUCACGAGUGCAGGCUUCUGAGACUUGGUGGGAACGGACCUUCCUCUUAGGUGAGUUACUUUUUGGUUCUGGGGCUGACUUGGAAUUUUGUACUGCAAGUGGUGUGUAGAUGUAGCUACCUGAGGCCCCCGGAACAGCCAGUCUCUCCGCUUUUCCAGCGGUCCAUAGAAGCAAAAGAAAGGAGAGAUGGCGGUUUAGGUGGGAAGAGACGUGGCUGAUUUAAAAGUGAAAGAAAGUAACCAAUUGGUUGGCAGACAACGGUUCCCAAAAGGCGGGCGAUUCAAACUCCUCGCGCCACCUGCUCUGUUUCCCGCCCAGCUGGAGCUCUGGAGUCUUUGCUUCCUCAAAGAGGGAACCUGCUUUGAGCGCUGGAUUCCAGGCCGAGUGCUGCCAAGGCGCGCAGUUCUCUGCUGUUUAAAGAGUACCCCGGUGCUUUGAAGAUACUAUAUAACUUGAAAAUUUGAAGUUAGUGUUUCAGCUGAACCAUCCAUUCAUCUUCAAGCCAUCAUGAGCUGUAAGAAGCGGAGGUCACAGAAGCACUCAGUCAGUGAAAAAUGUAAUAUGAAAAUCGAGCACUAUUUUUCUCCGGUCUCUAAGGAGCAAAAUAAUCUGAGUACUUCUCAAAUGAGGAUGGUGUCUAGAUGUGGCCCAAGAGACAUAACUAAUACCCAGGCUCAACAAUUCCAUUCACCUAAGAAAAAUCAAGAAGACCAGACCAUGCCCCAAAAUAAGAUAAUACAUGUUACCCUGGAUGUAAAUCACAAGAAAAACCAAAAAAUGAAACAUAGGCUCACACAUAAUGAGAAUGGUAGUUUAUAUAUGGCUCUCAACACUCUCCAGGCUGUCAGAAAAGAGAUAGAAACUCAUGAAGGCCAAGAAAUGCUUGUGCGUGGUGCAGAAGGAAUCGAAGGGUACAUAAACCUUGGAAUGCCCCUCACUUGUUUUCCUGAAAGAUGCCAUGUGGUCAUUACAUUUUCCCAAAGUAAAAGUAAGCAGAAAAAAGAUAACCAAGUAUUUGGCCGGCAUGACAAGACAUCAACUGACUGUGUCAAAUUCUACAUUCAUGCAAUUGGAAUUGGGAAGUAUAAAAGAAAAAUUGUUAAAUGUGGGAAGCUUCACAAAAAGGGGUACAAACUCUGUGUGUAUGCCUUCAAAGGAGAAACCAUCAAGGAUGCUCUGUGCAAGGAUGGCAGAUUUCGUUCCUUUCUGGAGAAUGAUGAUUGGAAACUCAUUGAAAACCAUGACUCCAUUUUAGAAAAUACCCAGCCAGUUGAUGAAUUAGAAGGCAAACUCUUCCAGGUUGAGGUUGAGAACAGAACGCGUCCCAGUGAAGCAAGUCCUCAGAAUCCUGAGUCAGAGAAAAGAAACACCUGUGUGUUGAGAGAACAAAUCAUAUCUCAGUACCCCAGUUUGAAAAGAGAAAGUGAAAAAAUCAGGGAAAACUUCAAGAAAAAAAUGAAAAGAAAAAAUGGGAAAACAUUAUUUAAAUUGCAUAGAACAAACUUUGGGAAAGUAACAAAAAGCUCUUACUCUGUAAAAGUAGUGAAACUUCUUGGACAUCUCAGUGACUCAGUUGGGCACUUAUACUGGGACGGUGCAACUACAGGUUGUGCCACCUGCUUUGUUUUUAAAGGAUUGUUCAUUUUAACUUGUCGACAUGUAAUAGAUGACAUUGUAGGAGAAGAAAUAGAGCCAAGUAAGUGGGCAGACGUAAUUGGUCAAUGUGUAAGGGUAACAUUUGGUUAUGAAGAGCCAAACGAAAAGGAAACAAACUGCUUUUUCGUUGAAUCUUGGUUUGAGAUACAUGAUAAAGAGCUUGACUAUGCUGUACUGAAACUGAAGGAAAAUGGACAACAAGUACCUAUGGAACUAUAUAAUGGAAUUGUUCCUGUGCCGCUUAGUGGGUUAAUACAUAUUAUUGGCCAUCCAUAUGGAGAAAAAAAGCAAACCGAUGCUUGUGUUGUGAUCCCUCAGGAUCAGCGAGCAAAGAAAUGUCAGGAACGUAUUCAGGCUAAAGAAGCAGAAAGUCCAGAGUAUGUUCAUAUGUACACUCAAAGAAGUUUCCAGAAAAUAGUUCACAACCCUGAUGUGAUUACCUAUGACACUGAGUUUUUCUUUGGGGCUUCUGGCUCCCCAGUGUUUGAUUCAAAAGGUUCAUUGGUAGCCAUGCAUGCUGCUGGCUUUGCUUAUGACUACCAACAUGAGAUUCGUAGUAUUAUCGAGUUUGGCUCUACUAUAGAAUCCAUUCUCCUUGAUAUUAAGCAAAGACAUAAACCAUGGUAUGAAGAGGUAUUUGUAAGCCAUCAGGAUAUAGAAAUGAUGAGUGAUGAGGACUUAUGAGAAUUCAGUCUAUUAGAUUUAAAGGAAUGGCUUAUGGAGUUAUUUUUCAUAGGCAUCUAAAUUCCGAAAUGAUCAGUUUUAUCCAUAAUAAUACUAUUAACCAUUUCCUAUCUGUCAGGCACCUUUUUAAGCACAUGAAGAAAUUAGUCCUAACAACACUGAGAUGGACUAUAACCUGCAAUAUUUUAAAGUCAAGCGAAGUGAAGAAUAACAAGAUUAAAUAAUAAUCAGUUUCAUGACACUGAAAGUAAUGUAAUCACUAUUUUUUUCAUCUUUUAUAUUUUUGUGUAAAUUCAUUUGCUACAGUGCAGGAAUCAAAAUUUGUUCAUCUCAUUAUUCUCUACAUCUGACAUAAGGAAAGCAAGUGCUCAGCAAAAUGUGAAGGUCACUCAGUAGCAAAAGUUGGGGUUGUCAUUAAUGCUAACUUAGGAGCUAAAUGCUUGAUUAGAAAUGAUCUCAGAAUCUUUUAGAAUUUCCAAAAUCCUCAUGUCACUGAAACUGUCAGAAUACAUGGGUCCUGAAAUUCAGAAGACAAUAGUCAUUCUUCCCAUGUUUAUAGGCUAUUAAGGCAAGGGAUAUCUUAAAUAUCAUAUUACUUUAUUUAGAUUUCUUCUAUUCCAAUUAUGAAUGUUAUGUAUUUCUCAUUGUUUUACUUCUUCAUGGUAUUGUGAAGACUAUAUAGAUGAUUCAGCCAAGCCUGCAAAUCUCCCUCAUCUGGAAUUCCACUGGACCCAAUCUGUUUUCCAUUGCCAGUGCCAUGCUACUAAAGCCAUACAAUAUCAAGCACCCUCCGUCUAGGUCCAGGGACUAUCACAGAAAAGGUGGGCAUUUAAGAUUGUAAGGGCUGGUUUCAAGUGGUGCAGUGUAGGAAAACAGCCUGUUGCAUUGCAAGGGUGAUGUCAUCUUGAAGUGCAGCUGCCAUGGUGACUGCUCCUUGACUCCUGCGUACCAAGAUAUUCUGCAGCAAUGUCUUUAAACAAUGCCGGUAGUACAGAUAACCCCUCAUAAAGAUGCUUAGCUAACCUCCCCAGUGGUCAAGUGUUUCACAAGAAAGUCUGAGAUGUGACCAGCUACAUGUUUUGCCAAAAAGGCUUGCUAUAUAAAGGAUAUUUUGGGGAGGGUGAGUGCUGCAAUUUAGUGGUUGCUGGAAACAUUGCUUCUGUUUGUAAGUUCCUAUUAAAUGUUUCUUUCUGAGAAA